AUGCUGCAAGCAGCAUACACAGCAGCAAAGGAGAAAGUGGUAGACAAACUGUCAGCUGCGAAGACAGUUUGUUUGACCACAGAUUGUUGGACAUCGGCAGCAAAUGAAGGUUACAUGGCAGUGACAGGGCAUUUUGUGUCUGAAGAUUUCACCUUGCAAUCGGUGUUGUUAGGAUGUUCCCAAUUGUCUGGUGCACAUACUGCUGCGAAUCUGUUGGCAUCUCUAAUAGGCACGACAGAUAACUUCAGGCUGACAGACAAAGUUUUGCUGCUUGUGACAGAUAAUGCACCAAAUAUUAAAAAUGCAGUAUCCGCCGUUUUACGGUGGAAACACUUUGGGUGCUAUGCACAGACACUAAAUCUUAUUGUGCAGAAUGCACUAAAACAUUUUGUGUCAAUUCAGCAGAAAGUCAAAACUAUUGUAGCAUUCUUCAAGAGAAGCUGCAAGGCAACAGAAAGACUGCUGACAUACCAACAAAAUAAUGGGGCAGGUCAUGUUAAAAAACUGGUGCAGGAGGUGCCAACAAGAUGCAGUGAAGACUUCAUUGUACUAUUCACAGUUGAUUUUCAACAACUGACAGAUGAGGAAUGGAACAUCUGCUCAGAACUCUGCUCUGUGUUGAAGCCAUUUGCACAGGUUUCAACACAGCUUAGUGCUGAGUCAUAUCCUACUGGCAGCCAAGUUAUUGUUCUGACAAGGGGAUUAUUAUCAGUGUGUGCAGAACUUUUGAAAAGGCCAUUUAACAGUGUGACAAGGACUAUCAUUGAAGAAUUAACAACAGGCCUGAAGGACCGUUUCCACAAUGUAGAGAUGAGCAAAUCUAUAGGAGUAGCCACUCUACUAGAUCCACGCUUUAAAUCUCUUGCGUUUGAAAGCCGAGUUGCAGCAGAUAAUGCAAAGAAACAGCUUAUUGAACUAGUAGCAGAAAAGAUGGGUGACAGAAGACUGACAAACACAGGCCAGAGCCAUGAAACUGUGUCAACUUCAAUCACCACUGAUCCCUUGUCAGUAUGGGGUGUCUGUGAUGCAAUUGUAAAAUCAACACAGCCCCAGGGCACUCCUCAGUCAGCUGCUAUUGUGGAAGUACAAAGGUACAUGGACAGCCCAGUUAUUAGUAGAAGUGAGGAUCCACUGGCAUGGUGGCGUGAAAAUCAAUAUAUUUUCCCAAAUAUUGCUAAAGUGGUGAGGGAAAAAUUCAAUAUAGUGGCCACUUCUGUGCCGUGCGAAAGAAUAUUUUCUAAAACUGGUAUCAUUAUAAAUGAAAGGCGAACACGGCUGAAGGCGUCCAAAGUUGAGAAACUUAUAUUUCUAAAUAUGAACAGUACUAACUCCUGAA